AUGGCACGAGAAGAGAGUGGAAUUGCCAUUCUUGAAGAGGUGAUUAGAGUUUUUGCAGUGACGUCAAUGGAUUCGCCUGAAAAUCUACUUAUGAUACUAUCAAUCACGAAACUACUUUUCCUUUUUGUACUUCUCUUCUUCCAAUUUGAUUCAACUGGGGCACAUAUCUCGUCAAAUAGUUUAUCCAGCCAACCGAAAAGAUACGAAAAGAACUCGAAAUGGUGCAAAGGACCUAUUGAUGGAGAUUGUAAUCCAUACAAUUGUGGAGGUGGAUGUGAAUCUAAAUACAUUAGAUUCUAUGACAAAGCUUUCAAAAUGGAUCGAACUAUCAAAAGUUGUUUCUGCCAGCAGGAGAGACUCUGUUCUAUUUUGGGAAUGCACGCAUUCAGCGGAUGCAAAUCUUAUUAUCAACUGAGUUCCGUUGCUCAGAAGUUUGUCAGAUAUUGGAGCAUGGAUCGUCGUGAUCAUAAAAACCGUCACUCGAACAGUGUUCGCCAUCGUUAUUCAGAUAAAGCACGUCAUUUCCAACUUCUCAACGGAAACUCUCGGUUCUGCUGUCGAGCAACCACACAGAAACGAUUAGCUCUUCACUUGAGAUCAUCCGGACCUUCAACGAAUUUCUAUUUCUUUUCUUCAUUAAUCGCUGUUAUUUACUUCUUAAUUUAUUAA